AUGCCAGGGGCCCCCGGGCGCACACACCUGCGCGCGGGCGGUCUCGGGGCCAGCCGGGACCCCACGCCCCUGGCCCACUGUGCGGGCUGGCCGCGCCGCCGCCAAGCCAGGUUGGGGAAGGGACACGGGAGGCGACGGCACUUACCUGACAGCACCUCUUCCUCCGCCGGCAGCAACAGCAGAGCCGGCAGCCCCUGGCACCAUCUUCCGCCGCCGCCUCGUCGUCGGCGGCGGCUACCAACCGCCCAUCAGGCACCGCCAACCGACACAACCGCCGGCGUCCCGGUGCCUGCCGCGGCCCCGAACUCCGGGAGGGAGGGAGCGGUCGGGGCGGAGAGGGGACGCGGUCAGGCCCCUCGGCUCUGGGUCAAGGGCCGGGGGACAGGGGGCCGCGGCCUGUCAGAGCCGAGGGGCCGGGCGGCAGAGGGACCCCGAGGCAGCGCCGAGGGCUCGGCAGGGCCGCGGACACGGCCACAACUGGGUUUGUUAUUGUCGACUCUGUCCCUUCCUCCGCAGGGCAUGCCGGGAAACGACGGGCGGGGGAGGGGAGUGCCGGGCGGCCCGGCUGCGCAGAGAGGCGUCGCGCAGGUCCGGAAGUCGGCUGGCUGCCGGGAAGGGGGUGGCUCCGCCUCCGGUGGCUGCCGGCUGGUCAGUGACUUGGCUGUCCUCUCCUGACCCCGGGAGAACGCCGGCGCGGCCCGUUGUGGUGCUAGCCUCCGUGCGGGCGCGGGCUGCCCCAAGGGGAGCUUGACCUUCUUUGCUACGUCGAGUUGACCUGAGCUGGGCCGACCCCGCCGAAUUUUGGAUUAACUCCAGGUGAAAGAGCUGGUUUGCCUCAGCCUGUCGUGGAGGAGCGGGCCAGCCGAGUGUCCGGGGCCGCCGUAGCCUGCCCCCGGGGCAGCCCGCAGACCGGGCUCAGAUCUGUGAGAGGGUGGGGUAGCGGAAGGGCCGUGGCCGGCCACCGCCACCCCCUCGCCGUCCCCCCACCGCCGGAGUUGCCUGCCGCUGGCGAGUGUCUCUGGUAACUGCAGGUGUGGGGCGGCACUGUUACUCAGACCAGGUAAGGCAAAGAAAACGCCGAGAGAGAAGAGAGCCAAGGCCAGAUCGAUUGAAAUGAAGCUGUGAGCGCCACGACCACCAGUUUUCAGCUUUAUAAAUAGGAAUUUAAUCCUGAUUAGGAGAAAUAAGAAUGUCACUGAACCGACCAC